UUGGCUGCGUUCUGCAAGGCGUUAAACAAAGUUGAAGCACCGCUCAAACAAAAACAUGUUAGGGCAUUGGUUGUUGGAACGUCGGAGCGAAACACUAUUAGAAAUAUAUGGCCAGUUGAGGACAGUUAUAGUAAAGGGGCUGAAUCCAUCCCAUAAACUGGCAAAAGAUUCAUGGGACUUUUCCAAUGCAAUAUUGUUAACAGGUCUUUGUCAGCUAUCCCACCGCCGACUGAUCGUUUCCAUUUUUUGCUUAAAUUUCUCGGCUGGUAAGAAACUUGGUCCAAUCUUAAUUCCUAGGUGUUUGUUUAAAUUUUUAAAAAUUUUUUAUUUUUUUCAGCACAAACUCCGCUCUUCUCGUAUUUUUUGGCAUUCAGUUUCACGUAUUCAAUUAGAAAAGAAUCCUGUCUUGACUUGGAAAUUUUGUCAAUUACUUCAUAAAUUAAUUCAUGAUGGACAUAGGAAAAUAACAGAAGAAAGUGUUGGGCAUGUUUCUCGUUUAAAUCAAUUGGGCAAUUUUUGGCAACAUUUGAGAAGUUCUGGUUAUGGACAGGCCAAUACAUGUUAUUGUAAAUUGCUGGUUAGCAGACUCCAAUUUCAUAAAAAGUACCCAAGUAUUCCUGGCAAUUUGAAUUUAAAUCAACGACAGUUGGAUACGCUUAGUUCUGAUAUAAAUGAAACUUAUGAAUUAGCUAUCGAUAUGUUGGACCAGAUGGAUGAACUGUUGAAUUUAAAAGCUACUAUAAUGUCAAUAAUGGAUUCUAUGCGUUGGAGUUCUCUUGUUCCACAAGGCCAAUGUUUACUGGCCCCAUUAAUUUUGGUUAUUCUUGAUACUUCCAAAUUUUACGAUUUUUUGGUCAAAGCCCACUUUAAACUUCACAAAAGUUUACCAGCCGAUACUUUAGUUGGACAUAGAGAACGUUUUUAUGAUUUAUUUAGACGAACAAAAAAGUUUUAUGAAGAGACUGCAAAUUUGCAAUAUUUUAAAUAUUUGGUACAAAUUCCGACUUUGCCAUCGAUUGCUCCAAAUUUCCAACAAGCAUCUGAAUUGGAGGAUUAUAGAGCUCCCCAAGCUUAUUUGCAUGCGGGUACGACUUCAGAAAAUGGUGAUCAAUCGCCGCCAGAUUCGCAGUCUGUUUGUGAUGAGCAAAUAAGCAGCAUAAUUGACAUUUCUCUUCCGCAAAUGGACAAUAUUUCAAUGAUGGGUGAUUCUAUUGCUUCAUCCACCUUACCUCCGUCUACUUCAAAUAAUGCUGGUGCUCAACCAAUUUUUGAUCCAAAAGAUGAAAUUAUUGCUCGUUUACGACUUGAUAUUGAUGCUGAAAGGGAUGUAAAGGAAAAAUUAUUUGAAGAAUGCAAAAAUCGCAUAGAACAAUACGAAGCUAGACUACUCCAUAUGAACCAGGAGAUUGAUUUGCACAAAGAAGCUGCUGAGGAAAAGACAAAAGAAUUGGAAGAAUUACGUGUAUUGAGUACAACUUUAGGACAAGAACGUCAACAAACUUCAGAGGAGAGUAAACGAAAAGUUGAUGAAACUGAACAUAAAUUUGCAAAAUUGAAAGGAGCUUAUCAACAAAUUCGUGAAGAUCAUAUUAAGGUUUUUAUUAUUUUUUUGUAUUUUAGCGAUUUAGUAUUUCGACGUUUAGUGUUACGGCGUCGUGCCGAUUUUCUGAUAAUUUUUAAACGAUUUUCUAGUGUGUAG